AUGAGUGCCUUGGUGGUGAACCCGGAGGGAGACGACGGCGGCUUUGACCUCAUCCAAAAUCGGAUUGAGUCGCUGAGCAGCAAGAUGGACAAGCUCAUCAACAUUCAGGAGAAGGUGCUGAACCGCCUGGACGGGAUGUCUCAGGACAUCGACGGCAUCGAAAAGGAUAUGGAGAAUCUGAAGGUGGACAAGGAGGAGAUCCAUCUGCCGCCGAAGGUGAUGACCCAGACCCAGAUCGUGGGGCGAGAGGUGAAGGAGAUAUGCCAGGAGAUGAGCACCAUCAUGUCGGUGGUGAACCAGCGCUCCGAGCAGCAGGCUCAGAAGCUGGAUGGGAUGGAAAAGCUGGUCCUCAGCAUGCAGCAGGUGAUCGGCUUCAUCGGGGAGACGGUGAAGAGUUCAAAGAUUAUGGAGCUGAUACUGAAAGGCCCCACGGCUCGGAAGGGCUGCAAACCCAAAGACAAUAAAGUAAAGCAACAGAUCAAGAAAAAAACGUCUACGGACGCAGUAACCAAGAAGCUGGACAAGAAAACUACCUCUAACAAAACCAGUAAUGGGAAUCAACAGAUAACUCCUGCAUGUGAGCCCAGUUCUCCGCAGUCGUCUCACAAGAUAAAGCUCCACGGACCAAAGCAUUUCCUCGCCCUUCGCAAAUGUGGAAGAUUUAUGAAAGAACAUAAAGCCAAAGACGGGACCGAGAAGCCUUCUUUAAGCCCACAGAAUCAAAAAGCUCAAAAGAGGAUGAAGCCCCCUGACACAACAGAUAAUAUCUCCCUCAAGAAGCAGGUGUUGCUUCUGGAAGAGGUGCAGAAGCUCAACAGGGAAAAUGUGGAGAAAUCCGAUCACCAGCUCACCACCGGAUUUCUGGAUCUGGAGGCCGGAGUUUCACCCAAAGAUCAACAGCUCGAUGCCGCCGCUUGCAAUUUGGUGGACUACCUGCGAGAAGAUUCCCAGGUGGCCGAGGAACGUGAGGCAUCGAGUGAGGAGGGAGCAGGGGAGAAGGUAGCUGAGGUAGAGGCAGUGGUUACAGAGCAGGAAACCAAGCUUGAUGUGGAGGAGGCUGUGAAAGAGGAUGAAGAGGUCCCAGAGGAAAAGAAGAAGGAGGAAGCUUCAGCUGCAGCCCCAGAGAUCCCAGCUGAAACUGAUGACCACAGAGAUGCUUCCCCAGCUGAGCAAGACCAGAAAGCCGAGGGGAGCGGCUCAACUGCCAAGACCUUUGUGACCGAGGAGCACUUUUUGGUGACGGAACUCACAAAGAGCCAGGUGUUGGAGGAGGAGAAGAGAGGAGACCGGGAGGAGGACGAACAAAAGCUGGAGUCUGAGGGCUGGGCCGUGUUCAGGGCCGAUGGAGUCGAAAUCCAGAUAGACCUCAAACAACGGCUGGAGAGAGAAAACAAGGGAAACGAUGCAGAAAAAGAGGAGGAGGAGAAGGAGGAGGAGGAGGAGGAGCGGUACUUUAUUGACACCACUCCUCCGCCAGCAGCUCCUUUUAAUCACCGCCUUGUCUCGGCCAAGCCAAACCAGAUCAGCAACUUCUACACCAUCAACUGGCAGGAGGUCCUGGGAGGGGGCCGUUUUGGCCAAGUGCACAAAUGUGUCGAAAACUCCUCGGGUCUCACUUUGGCAGCGAAGGUCAUCAAAGCCAGGGUCCAGAAGGAAAAGGAGGUGGUGAAGAAUGAGAUCCUGGUCAUGAAUAAUCUGGACCAUGCCAGCCUGAUCCAGCUCUAUGCAGCUUAUGAGUCAAGGAAUGACAUCAUCCUUGUACUUGAAUAUGUUGGUGGAGGGGAGCUGUUCGACAGGAUCAUCGAUGAAAACUACACUUUAAUGGAGCUGGACGCUGUGGGCUUCAUCAGGCAGAUCUGUGAGGGCCUGCAGCACAUGCACAAAAUGUACAUCCUGCACCUGGACCUAAAGCCAGAAAAUAUUCUGUGCGUGAGCCGCGUAACAAAUAAGGUCAAAAUCAUCGACUUUGGCCUUGCCAGGAUAUAUAAACCAAGGGAGAAGCUCAGAGUGAAUUUUGGCACCCCGGAGUUCCUCGCUCCUGAAGUCAUCAACUACGACUUUGUGUCGUUCAACACAGACAUGUGGAGCCUCGGCGUCAUCACAUACAUGCUCCUGAGUGGUCUCUGCCCCUUCCUCGGUGAUGACGACAACGAGACUCUGAAUAACAUCCUGUCCUGUCAGUGGAACUUUGAGGAACAAGAGUUCAUAGAUACCACAGAAGAAGCCAAAGAUUUCAUCUCCAAGCUCCUUAUUGUAAAUAAAAGUUGGAGGAUGGGGGCGGCUGAGGCAUUGAAACAUCCUUGGCUUUCUGACUCAGCGCUUCAUCAUCGCCUAAAUACAAAGAAAACUAUGUGCCGAUCACGGCGAUCAUCAUGUGUGCCCCACGAUAGUUGA